ACUAGGAAACAGCCGGCAGGUGGCGCCAUCUCCAACAAUAGCCUCUUUGUGGCCAAGAGGAUUUGGGAGGCUGCUGGGAAAAAAUGGCAGCUUCCUUUUGUUUGUGGGGAUUUACCGAAAGGGCUUCUAAAGCCGUUCUUUACUAAAUACACGAAUUUUCCAUCGCAAACUCGGGGUUCACGCUACCAGUUAUCCUGGUUAGAGGAAACAUGGAGAAGAGCGGGAGCAUCGACAGCCUGGGCUCGAAGCGCUCCUCUUCCCGACAGCCAAGUGUUGAUUCAUUGUCCAGUACAUCCACCUCUCGGUCUGACCGCUCUGCCCAGGCCAAGCCACCCUCUGUGAUGUCCUCUGACUCUGCAGAAUUUUCCCCAGAGCUCCGGGUCAAGCCCAAAAACUCUGCCAAGCAGGUGCUUAGAGAAUCAGACAAAGAGGAGCCACAGUUACUUCCAAACGAAACAGUGCAGGACAUGGCCCAAGAUGUCACCUACUUUUGUCCUUUCAUUGGAGCACUGAGGGGAACAGUGAUGGUUACCAACUACAGACUUUUCUUCAAAUGUAUGGACAGGGAGCCGACAUUUGUGCUGGAUCUGCCCCUUGGGGUGGUGAGUCGUGUGGAAAAGAUUGGAACUGCAUCAAGCCGUCUGGAUGUGUCCUAUGGGAUAGUCUGCAAGGAUAUGCGUAAUCUACGAUUUGCACACAAACAGAUGGAGGACACACUCAGGAAGUCCAUUUUUGAAGUGCUGAUGAAAUUUGCGUUUCCUGUUUCCAACGGGCUGCAAAUCUUUGCCUUUGAAUAUGGGCAAGUCUUUCCUGAAAAUGGAUGGAAGGUCUAUGACACUGUUUCAGAAUACAAAAGACAGGGUAUACCCAAUGAAAGCUGGAGGAUAACAAAAGUAAAUGAUCACUACGAGCUUUGUGACACCUAUCCGUCAACACUAGCGGUGCCUGUCAACAUACCAGAUGAGGAGCUAAAGAAGGUAGCCGCCUUCCGAGUAAAGGGAAGGAUACCUGUGCUAUCAUGGAUCCAUCCAGAGACCCAAGCGACAGUGACACGUUGCAGUCAGCCCAUGGUUGGGGUGAACGGGAAGCGGAGCAAAGAGGAUGAAAAAUACCUCCAGGCGAUCAUGGACGCGAAUGCCCAGUCCCAUAAACUCUUCAUUUUUGAUGCAAGGCCCAGUGUCAAUGCUGCUGCCAACAAGAUGAAAGGGGGUGGUUAUGAAAGUGAGGAUGCUUAUCAAAAUGCUGAGCUGGUGUUCUUGGAUAUUCACAACAUCCAUGUGAUGAGGGAGUCACUCCGCAAGCUGAAGGAUGUGAUCUACCCCAACAUCGAGGACUCGCACUGGCUCUCCAAUUUGGAGUCAACUCACUGGCUUGAGCACAUCAAGCUGAUCCUGGCAGGAGCUCUGAGGAUCGCAGACAAAGUGGAGUCUGGGAAAACAUCAGUGGUGGUGCACUGUAGUGAUGGUUGGGACCGCACAACCCAGCUCACCUCCUUGGCCAUGCUUAUGCUGGAUGGUUACUACCGCACCAUUCGUGGCUUUGAGGUGCUGCUCGAGAAAGAGUGGCUGAGUUUUGGUCACCGCUUCCAGCUGCGAAUUGGUCAUGGUGAUAAAAACCACACAGACGCAGACCGUUCACCUGUUUUUAUUCAGUUUAUUGACUGUGUCUGGCAGCUGACUCGCCAGUUUCCUGCAGCCUUUGAGUUUAAUGAAUACUUCCUGGUAACCAUCCUGGACCACCUGUACAGUUGCCUGUUUGGGACAUUCUUGUGUAACAGUGAACAGCAGAGGUUGAAAGAAGAAAUUCCCAAGAGGACAGUGUCAUUGUGGUCUUAUAUUAACAGCCAGAUGGAGGAGUUCACUAACCCUUUGUAUGUGAACUACUCCAACCAUGUGCUGUUCCCUGUAGUCAGCUUACGCCACCUGGAGCUUUGGGUUGGCUACUACAUCCGCUGGAAUCCACGCAUGAGACCUCAGGAACCUGUUCAUCAGCGGUACAAGGAGCUGUUAGCCAAGCGUGCCGAGCUGCAGAAAAGAGUGGACGAGUUACAGCGAGAGGUGACCAAUCGCUCUGCUUCCACUUCCUGUGAGCGGCCAGGCUCUCCCACACGCUCCAUCACCCCAGUGCAGACUUUUGUUUGACGCAAACAUGAUAGUUUCAGAGGCAGAGUGCUACACGUGAGAAGGUGCCAUACAGCACUAAUCAGUAUGCCUUAUCUGGCACUACAAAGAACCUAUGUACCAAACUGCCUCUUUUUGGGUGACGCUAUCACAAAAAGUCUGAUUGAGCAGAUUACUGUAUUUGCAUCUCUCACAGGUCAUCUGCUUGCAAAAGAAGAGUGUCUGUAUUGACUACAGCCAUAUUGUACUCUUCCUCCAGGGUCAAGAGGACAUGUAACCAGAAUAGUGGGGACUGUUUAGCAUAAUGGCCUACGUACAAUCAGUGUUUAUAGUUUGAAGUACACUAAAAUAUUAUUCCAGUUAAAUAUAUAUCUUAUACAUCUCACAAGAACAUUCACUUAAUUCCUAUACACUGCAAAUGUUUAUUAGAUAUUAUUUGAUGAGCUAAAGCAAUCGUCAACAUGUACAAUGCUGCAUAUAUUAUUUUGAGGUUAAAACUAGUUCUAACACCAAUUUAAUGGCUCAGGAGUUGUUAAAUAUCGGUUUAAAGUGUAGCUAAAGGGCUAUAAUGUUAGCUUCCUUUAAUGUUAAAAGCCAUCACAAAGUGCAUUAAAAAGGCAGUCUUUACUAGUCCGUGCUUUUAGGUUGUUCUAACCAAAUAUCUUUUUUAUAAAUAAAUAAUGUGUGACAUUCCUCUCAUUGAAUGAUUUAAGGUUAGUGAGUUCAAUUUUUCUAACUAGUUAACAUUAUUUAUUAUCCUUUAGACCAGACUUGUAUGUAUUUAUAGCUCACAAAUACAUUGUCAUGUCAUAAAUUGAUGAGGUGUUCCCAUGCAAUAUUAAUAAGGUGCAUAGAGUAUGCAAAGGUUCAUUAGUCCAAGAUGACUAUCAUUUAUGCAAGUCUUAUAUAUGAACAUUUCUUGCAAAUGCUUUUUAAAGCUAGUAUCAGCCACUGAUUUUUGUAGGCACCACAACACGUGACAGCUAAUAGUUUUUUCUUUUGUCUUAGUUGAUUAAAUGUCUGACUUGCUCUUGAAUGAUUGUGAGAAUAUUAAGAAAAAAAAUGUGCAUAGUUUAGCUGCCAAGAUACAGUGGUAGCUAGCUUUUACACUGCAUAUGUGAAUAUUUGCAAUAAACAGAGGACUCAACUUCAAGAGGUCAGAGUGGCUUGUCAUA